GGCGGACUCUACUGCCAAGGUUCAAAAUGCUGAAACAACCAGAACAUACUUGCAUAUGAUGAUGUAGAAUUGCAGCCACUGGUUUGUAGUUGGGCGCUGUCAUCUUUGAUAGUGACACGGCGAUCCUUGGAGGGAAAGAGCUAGUUGAGGAAUUGAGUGAUAGAGACCUGGGAACUCCAACAAGGAUUUAAACAAUGUAUGGGUUCCGCUGAAGGCAACUGCUCCCUUUGCUCUUGCACACUCUAAGCAUUUGAUGCGGUAUGGAAGUGCAGGCGGUGUCACCAGCAAAGAAUGAAACAGGAGCAGCAGGAUAGCCAUCAUCAAUCCUGGUUCUUGGUGAUAACUUGCUAGGCAUCAUACAUGGAAGGGCAGUCAGGGAAAACCAUGCAGAGUCUACCGGAUACAUUGUCAUCCCUCAAGGGGUUCAACAAGUACCUCACACCCAGUUGGAUUGAAUCAGUGUCCCACAUCCUCAAGGAGUUGACACCAACCAAACCACAGAAAGUAAUGGAAGAGGAGGCUCAAAAUGUAUUUGAGUGUGAUGACACAGAAUUAGACAUUAAAGUUGCAAAGAUUCAAGAUGAAAUGGUUUCACUGGGUGCCCAACUAAAGCAGAAAACACUGCAGAAGAGAGAGUCACUAAAUAACUAUUUGGACUUGAAAGGAAGUAUAAGGGUGUUCUGUCGUAUGAGGCCUUUCAACCAUGAAGAAAGUUACAGCUCCAGAACCAUGUUCACCCUUGAUGAGAGUAAUGUUUUCUUAAAAGUUGCUGAAACCAAGACAAAGCAAUACAAGUUCGAUAAGGUUUUCGACCCAUGCUCAACACAAGGUGAUGUAUUUUCUGAGGUCGAACCAGUGAUAAAAUCAGCUAUAGAUGGCUACAACGUUUGCAUAUUUGCCUAUGGUCAGACAGGUAGUGGAAAAACUUAUACAAUGGAAGGCAAGCCUAAAGAUUUGGGUGUCAUACCACGUGGGAUUCAAGUACUGUUUGAUCGAGCUUCAGAGAGCAACAGCAGAUUUCAGUUCACUUUCAGCAUGCUCGAGAUAUAUAUGGGAAACCUACGAGAUCUACUAGUUCCAGGAAGCAAGACCAAUGGGUUAAAGAAUGUUCCGAGCCUCUCUAUUAAAACGGAUCCUGAUGGUGGCAUUGAGAUUGAAAAUCUAGUGGCAGUUACCGUGAAUAAUUUUCAAGAAGUGAAAAGAUUAUAUGGUGUGGGGACCCGUCUUAGAUCAACAGCUUCCACUAUGGCUAAUUCUACAUCAAGUAGAUCUCACUGUUUGAUUCGCAUUUCAUUGACCUCCUUUGAUGCACCUGAGAGGAAAAAAGCAAGAAACAAAAUAUGGAUGAUUGAUCUAGGUGGAAGUGAGAGACUUGUAAAGACCAAAGCAACUGGUAAAAGGCUGAAGGAAGGCAAAGCCAUAAAUUUGUCAUUGUCAGCCCUAGGGGAUGUGAUUGAUGCACUACAGACUAAAAAACCUCAUGUACCUUACAGGAAUAGUAAGCUUACACAAGUUCUGAGAGAUUCUCUAGGAUGCGAGUCCAAAACAUUGAUGCUUGUCCAUAUUAGACCAAAUGAGAAUGAUUUGUGCGAGACCGUUUGUACCUUGGGUUUUGCAACAAGAGUGAGAAGUAUCCGUCUAGAAAGUGAAGAAUCGCCAGAGGUAAAAACAAGGAAGGAAGAUUUCUUAAAGGAGUUAGAACAGACGGUCAGUAAUUUGGAACAAGAAUGUGACAAUAUUAGAAGAGAAAUUAAGAAGCUCGAGGAUACAGUGGAACAUUUGAGAGGGCCUCAAACAUCUGCUAGCACAAAUUUUGCAACUUCACAUCCAUCCACUCAGGAACUCAAGAUUGACAUGUCAAAGAAUGUAAGAAGUCUGAAGAAUCACAGAGAAGUUCCGCGUGGGUUACCAAGGUUCAUGAAGCCAACUGCUGCUAGCCAGCACAGGAUAGGUUUAAACAAUAAUGUUCCCAGUAUUAACAGGAUGAAACCACCAAUGCCACCAAAGAGAAGGCCUUCUUCCGUCUAUGCAGAAUCUGUAAGAUUUCCAGUAAAUGCCGAUACUUGGCAGUCAGAAUGCAGUUCUGAGUGCAGUAUCUCCAUGACAAGUGACAUGAAUUGGACACCGAGCAUACUAGAUGGGACUGAAUGUAGCCAAGAUGCAUCAGAGUACGAGAUCAAACAGGUGAUUUUCUCAGAACAUGAGAAACCAUCACAGGGUCAAGUCAUUUCCUUCAAAGAAUGGCAACUUACAGAAUCAGAGAAUAUGCAGAACAAAACUGAAGAAAGGAGUAUUAUAGACAUUGAUAAUUGGAUCCACCAACAAAUACUUCAAAGUGCUGGCACAUGCCAAAGCAAAAGGGUUCUAACUGUUCCCAAUGUAACUGAAGAAGAAACUUUCAAUAUUCCUUCACCAAUUAAGACUGAAGGGCCUAAAGGUUGUAAGCAAGCACAGGACGAAAAAAGUGAACUAACCCUACAACCCCCACCACUCGAUGCUAAGGAUAUAAAGCGACCCAAGGCAGUUAAUCAUUUCGCCACAGAAGAAUUAUGCAGUCCUCCAUCAAGAGAACAUCGCAGCACCAACGAGACAAAGAAACAUAUGAAUGAAAAUCUUGCAUAUCAGGGGAGAUCCAGAAGAUCUCUUCAAGAAAAGCUGGAUGGUUGCAUGCUAAAGCUGCCAGAAUCUGAUCUCAAUACAAGUCCUGAAACCAGGCCCCGGGAAGAGGAACACAGCAUAGGAAAACUGAAAAGGUUCUUUCAAGCUCUACAGACAGCAUGGGGCUGUGUUCGUCUAGGAUUAGGCAUUGUCAACCUUGGAUUAGAGCACGAGUUCUUUCAAAGCUUGAUAGUUUGAAGUAACUGUAAUGUCGUCAUUUUAAGAGGUAGUACUCACUUUUGAGAGUACACUGCUUCAGGAAAUGUACUGCCGGUUUGACAUAGCGGCAGGUGAAUUGCUGAUCUGAUGCUGCAUUGCUGCAACAGUUGGUUUGAUGCCAGAUGGAUUGUACUAGGAAUAUAGUGGAAGUUGUAAAAAAAGUGUAUGAGUGAACAAACUAUGAAUGAGAAAUUUGACAUAUCCUGAAACAGCAA